CAGUUGAAGUCGGAAGUGGACCAGAAUGCCGGCGUACAUAAGAACAGCAGCGUGGACAUUCAGAGCGAAAUUUGCCGCUAGUCUGACAGUUUUGUUUCCGUUUGGACCCAGAGCAACGGCUUUUCCAGCGGGGCGAACACUUCACUUGAAAGUUGAUGCACGUCGGUACUCCGCACGUUGCCCGGGAACUGCAAGAGCGACAGUAACGGGCUUAACGCCUCUUCUAACAGGGUUGGAUCACUUGGGUGCCUCCGCACUUAGUUUCUGCAAGAGGAUGACAACUUCAUCAGCCAAUGUGUCGGACAGUAUGUCCCAGAGAUUGGUGUGGGUGGACCUGGAGAUGACUGGACUUGACAUAGAGAAGGACCAGAUUAUUGAAAUGGCCUGCAUCAUAACAGAUUCAAACCUGAACAUUUUGGCAGAGGGUCCUAAUUUAAUAAUAAAACAGCCAGAUGAACUUUUGGAUGGAAUGUCCGACUGGUGCAAGGAACAUCAUGGAAAGUCGGGGCUGACGCAGGCGGUGCGGGACAGCACCAUCUCCCUGCAGCAGGCCGAGUACGAGUUCCUGGCCUUCGUCCGGGACCACACCCCUCCCGGACACUGUCCCCUGGCAGGAAACUCGGUGCACGCUGAUAAGAAGUUCCUGGACAAGUACAUGCCCCAGUUCAUGCACCACCUCCACUACCGGAUCAUCGACGUGAGCACCAUCAAGGAGCUGUGCAGGCGCUGGUUUCCCGAGGAAUACAAACUUGCUCCGCAGAAGAAAGCAUCGCACAGAGCCCUGGAUGACAUUUGCGAGAGCAUUAAGGAGCUGAGGUUUUACAGGGCGAGCGUCUUCAAGGCGGGCACGGAGGAGAAGAAGCGGAAAAUCGUGGAGAACGGGGACUGCGGGAAGAGCCCGAGCUGAGCGCUGGGGGGGUG